AAAAAACAAGAAUUUGAUAAAGAUGGAGUCUUAUUCAUCGGAUUCCUCUUCCUCGGCUUCGUAUUCCUUCUCGUCACACUCAUCGACUCACUUCCGUCUCCAUCGCCAGAGAGGGAAGCCAGUGCAGAAUUUCCGGACAGCGCUGGCUGUCCGGAAACCUGCGAUCACGAAGAAACCAAUCGCUCCGCUGCCGCCGACGCCACCAAAGAUCUACAAGGUGGAGCCGCUGGAGUUUAAGGAUGUGGUGCAGAGGCUGACGGGCGCGGUGGAGGUCCAGGUGGCGACGACGCGGCUGAGGGAGGUGGCGCCGCCGCCUCUUGACCUCUCCCCGAAGCAUGGAGGGUUGAGUUUGGAUAAAGGGGAAAAUGAAGAGGAAAAGAGGCUGAAAUUGUUUGAUGCAAUGAGCCCGCUCGGGUUUGCCUUGUCUCCGGCUUCUCUGGCGUGGUGCUCGGCUAUGCUGCUGAGUCCGGGGACACUUGCCUCGUUCGAGCCGAGUGCAGUGCUCUAAUCUGUUCAAAAUAUCCACAAUUGAAAUGAAAUUAAGGUUUAUUAUUUCGUAAUUAGUAAGAUGGAUGCACUUGUAUUGUAUGUAGAUGUAUUCAGUUUUAAAGGAUGGAAAUUUUACAUAUAUCA